AGUGGGGCUCAACAAUGAACUGGCUGACCCGCUGGCUAGGCGUUUGGAAUACUGCAGUGCACUCUACGUGGAUAGGGGAGGGACGGUGACGAUUAGGGUUGCCCAACAAUGUUGUGAUCGUAUUACAGAGGCGGGGGGAAAGGCCACAUUGGAUUUUUGUUUUAAAUUAAGUGCAUUGCGUCUUUGAAGCGCUUGGGUUAGGCUCAAAACGGUGCUCUGUGAUUUUGGACAUUGGGAAGCAUUUCAUCGUGGGAUUAGCGCUUGAUCAUGCUACCUAUUACAUGGGAUUAUGCUUUGCUCAAAACCAGCAUUACAGUCCACGAUCUGCACACACACACAGAACAUUGAAGCAUUAAAGAAAGGCAAGAUUCAUCUGCCGCCUUUGCCGCUUGCCCUGCAGAUCCAAACAUGUUCUCGGUGAGAGUCGUCACGGCAGAUUAUUACUUGAGCAGCCCCAUCAGAGACCUGGACGUGUGUUAUUCUGACUUCAGAGACAGCGAUGUUAAGAAAGUGCCCGUGGUUCGAAUCUUUGGGUCCACACCAGCAGGUCAGAAGACAUGUCUUCAUCUGCACGGCGUGUUCCCAUACAUCUAUGUGCCGUACGAUGGGUUUGGACAACAGGCAAAUCGCUACCUGCGGCAGGUGGCCUACAGCAUUGACAGAGCCCUGAAUGUCAGCAUGGGAAACCCCUCAUCUAACACCCAGCACAUCUUUAAAGUGUCUCUGGUCUCUGGCAUGCCUUUCUAUGGAUUCCAUAUGAAGGAAAAGGCAUUUAUGAAGAUUUACCUUUACAACCCUCAUAUGGUCAAAAGGGUGUGUGAACUCCUGCAGGGUGGUGCUGUGAUGAAUAAAAGUUUUCAGCCCCAUGAAGCUCAUAUUCCCUAUCUGCUGCAGCUGUUCAUCGACUACAACAUCUACGGCAUGAACAUGAUAAAUCUCGCCGCUGUCAAGUUUCGAAAGAGUCAUGCGACAGUCGGAGAAGAGUCGUCUAGUAAAGUGGACAGCACCAUCCCAUGGAAGAGUCCCUGCACUUCCAAACUCAAUGACAGUGUUCUGAGGGACACAAUGUCCACUCGCUGGGGGGAGGACAACAUACCAAGUUCUCUGAUUUUAGAGGAGGUGGAACGUAUGAGUGUAUGCGAGCUGGAAGUUGAUGCUGUCGCUGCGGAUGUUCUCAACCGACUAGAGAUUGAGAAUCAGAUUGGGAGAAACCCUGGUCUUCAGGCCAUCUGGGAGGAUGAGAAACAGCGUCACCGGGAGAGAAGUGAAAGCUCUUUAAUUGACGUGCCUGAGUCACAGGAUCGAGGCUUUGUGGAGUUUGCAGAAAGCGAAAGAAUUCUGAUGAAGAGAUUUAAGGAAAUUCUAACAGAAAAUGAAUUUGACGUGACUCAGGCUGGUUCUGAAGUUGAUGCGAAUGAAGAUUCUUUUCCUGACCUUUCCCUCCAUCCUGUAGUCCUGACCCCAGAUGAUUUGCCCUCCAUACCUGCUAGCCAAGUGGAUGUUCACCACGAUGCAAUUAAAGAAAUGAAACGGCCUGAUAGCAAACACGCUGAGGUGGCAGUUGUUGAUGAAGAGGCCAUUUUGAAUUUAUUAGAAAACAGUCAUACCUUCCUCCCUCUCUCGCAAAACUCCAACCAGUCAGCAAUACUCGAUGGCAUUCAAGACCAGCCUAUGCUGGAUUUGCUUGAGGAACUGACUGAUUUUGGAGCAGUGAACCAGCAAUGUUUGUCUGGGAGUGGCAUCUGUAACAGUGAUGAUGAAGAGGCGGGGCCUGAACUAGAAAAAGAAGAGGCAGAGCUCAGUAUAAUCAUGUCACAAAGAUGGGACAAUGAGAUUACAGAACACUCCGCCAGGCAAAGAUUAUGUAUGAAAGAAGCAAAUGAAAGCUCCAGCGAUGAGCAGCAGGCCUCAUCGGAUGAGGAGAUGGAUUGGAAAGGAAACGCUUCUUUUCCUGCUGAUCUGUCUAUUCCACAGUUAGACGGGGCUGCAGAUGAGAACAGUGAUUCAUCACUUACAGACAAAGGAUCUAUGACACAUUCGUCUCUAAAAGUAACAGACAAGAUACUUGGUAGCAGAAAUGUGUUUCCAAAUGGAGCUUUUCUCUCAGAGACACCAUCCUCUGCCAAAAUUGUCCUUGAGUACAAAUGUGCUGAGCGAAGACUUCAAGAGGAAUCAUCCGAAAACCACUUAAAAAAUAAACAGACAAAUGAAUGUUCAACCGGAUUAAGAGUUAAUAAAGAGAUUACAUAUAUCACACCUGUUAAACACCCAAUCCCUUGCAACAUUGCAAAUAUAUCUCAAAUUGGUGGUGACAAAAUUGGUGUUCACCCUUCGUACACCAAUGAAAAUAAGGCCACCGGCCUUAACCAAUCUGAACCUGAUGGUUUAAUGUUUGGAAACUCUAAACUUGUACAGUGCAGAAAAAAGUAUGGCAGUAUUAAAAAUGUGGAAAGGAACCACAUCUCCAUCAUGGAGAAUCACAGGGGCUUCUCAGUAUGUUAUUCAGAGCUGAUAAACUGCCCCACCAAUACUGACAUAGAGCUGAGUCCUAAAGACUGCAGAAAUUCUGUGAUAAGGAGUUUUGACCAGACACCAAGCCCAAUGGGGGAGAGCCAAUCAUUGGCCCCUCAAGAAGGCGAAACAGGACAGGGCAGUAAAGAGGGAGAUGUUGGUGAACUGAAAAUAAGGUAUGAAGACUACCAAGAGAAUAAAACCGAGAGGACUGUUGUGGCUCAGCAGGAGGCACACUAUAAGUUUUUUCCUAGUGUCGUCCUCUCUAACUGUCUGUCCAGACCAGUCAAAAAAACGAUCUGGGGUAAGACUGGUGAGGGCUGCUGUACUAUGGAAGAUCCUGAGCAGCGGAGGUCAAGAUUAAAGUUGACCACUAAAAAGAGAACUACAUUAAGUCAAAAAGGGACAAGUCCUUUGAGGACCCCAGCUACUAUAAAAGAGGAAGCCCCACCCUUCUCUGCCAUCACUCCAGACUCUCUCAAUGAAAAGGAAACGAAUAGUAAAGUAAACAUGGAAACCUCAGCUCCUUCAAGUGUUAAAAGAUCUGAGAGCUCGGUAGAGGAUGAACUUGCAGUUAUUCCCACCAAAAUAUCUCGCACCAAGGUGUCCAGUUUGCCAGGUAGCAAAUAUACCUUGCGAACAAAAAGGAAAAUGAGCCGUGACACUGAAGACGGAGAUCAUUUAAGUUCUCGUUCUUUCAAACGAUCCUUGGUGCCUAAUGAAGGCCUGAAAGAGAAAAACCACAUCCAAAAAAAGACAAGACUCUCUAAAAAAGAGCCACCAGUUAUCAUCAAAUAUAUAAUCAUUAACAGGUUCAAAGGUCAGAAGAACAUGCUUGUGAAGAUUGCGAAAAUUAAUGCAGAUGAACCUUGCACAGUUUUAACACCAGAAAAGCUUGAAGAAUACCAAAAGCUUGCUCCUCCCAAAGAUUUUUGGCCCAAAGUCUCAGACUCUACAGCAGUCAAGUACCCUCUACCUGAGCCAAAAGUCAAGAAAUGCCCCAAACGAAAACUUAAGGUCAAUCUAACAUCUAAGAGGGUGAGUACCUCUCCAAAGUUGAAAUGUGACCGAGCUAGACAGACUAGAAGACCAAGGCGUGUUAAAGCAGCAUUUACUUUGCCCAAAUUACUCACUCCGUGGCCUUGUUAUAAUGAUUUUACUGAUGAUCACUCUACAGAGUACUCUGAUGUAAUGGUGGAGUUGGGUUAUUUGUCUGAAAGGGCUCCUAGUUCUUCUGAUUCGACACCACCUCGAUGUUGGUCACCUACUGACCCCUUAUUGGAAUCAAAUUCAAAUGAUCAUCUCAUAAACCCCCUUAAUGAUCCAUGUCUUGGUUCUCCCUAUCAGUCAUUGACCCCCAAGCCAUACAAAAUAGGCCCUCGAGACAGAAGCAGAACAUCCAGGCCUAAAAAGAGUUCUGCUGCAAGUCAAAAAUGCCAAAGUAGUAGCAUAAAAAAAACAUCGGUCAGUGGUUCUAUAAAAACAGGGGAUUCGCAAAAGAAAAGUAAUCGAACAGCUUCAAGGAGACAAAAGAAAAAUUGUAAAAGUAUUGAAAGGACUGUUCUUGGAGAUGGCACAUCUACAACUCAAAAAAGCAGGAAGCUGAACAAAAAGCUGUUUCAAGGAACUGAAAACUUGUCAACUGAAGGAACUGAAAACUCACAGACUUCACUUCCAGUUGACAAUUCACCUCUUGAAUCCUCAUCUGACGGCUUAACUCCUUUUCAGCACCCCAGUUCUAUAAAAAGUAUUCAAGAGGAUGCUACUGUCAGUUGUUUUGAUUCACAAACAGUCAGCAUCAGCACUGAAAAAAAGCCAGAUCAGGGUAUUGAUUUUUUUGAGGUGUUUAAUGUCAUUGCCUCAAAUAAGCAAGAGGUGCAGAUUGCCCUUAAUCCCUUGACUGAAAAAGCUACAAAAACUCUCGGGCAUCCAUGUUCUGUCAUCACUUACAGCAGAUCUAAUUCUAUAUCGCAAAGCUUAGGUCAAAAUGGCCCUGUCACAACAGAUGAAUGCUAUUUAAAUUCUGAGGUCACCAGCCAGGAAGAGAACCCGAGGACCAUACAGCAUUCACAGUCAACUGCAAAAACGAGCAUGAAAUCAAAAAGACAGUCAACAAAAAAGAAAGAUAGUCCAAUGUCUCUGUCAGAGCCUGUUUAUUUUAUAUCCUCACCUUCUGAAAAGAAAGCAAUUACAGAUGGAUCUCAUAGAGAUCUCGCAUUAUCAUCCAUCCCUAAGAAUGGAAUAAUAUGUGUACCGGAAAUGCCUUCUGGGCUGGCUGUCCUGAAGGAGCUUCUCCAGAAGAGGCAACUUAAGGCAGGACAAACACUACAGGAAAGUGUUCAUGUGACUGACACUACGUCUUCCACCAGUCAUCCCAAUGAUGUUUCCAAAACAGUCAAACGCAAAAGACCUCCUUCGUUAACAACAAGGAAAUCAAGAUCUGCAAGAACCAAAGUGCCAAAGGAGUCCAUAAGCAGGCAAAGCAUGAAAUAUAAACCUGGAGAUUUGGUGAGACUUGACCAUCUUUCAGAUGGCAGUCCUGUCCUUAUGUCUGACCCUGGCCUUGAUAGCUGUUGCUCCAUCGAGGAUAGCUUAUCCCCAGAGCUCCCAGAUAAUUAUAACUUUGAUAUUAAUGCCAUUGGCCAGACAGAAUUUUCCUGUCUUUAUUCUGGCAACCAGUUUGUUUUAACUGACAAGAACUUGCCUCAAAAGUUCCUCAGUGAUGUCAGUCAAGAGGCAAUCAAUGCCCUUGUUGAAGGGUUGGGAAGCAGGGCACAAAAAAUUGUUGAGGUUGAUGAAGAUGCCAAACAUGAGGAGGGCUGCCAUCGAUCUGGAACUGUUAGUCCAGAGCUCUUUGACAAAUCUUGUGAGAACAGCAAAGUUUUUCCCAAUAAGAUAUCUCUGCCCCUGUUUGAUUCCGAAAGGAUCUCGAACAAAGAUUGGGGGGGCUCCCUCGGUAAAAUUAAUGGCCUCAGCCACUUUCAGGACUUUUACUGUGAAAAAAGAGACAUGCUAUUCGACCCAGAGCCCUUUUUUUCAAUUACUUCUGUAUCUUUUGGGGAUAAUGGUGUAUCCCCAAGUAGCGAUCUCCAAGAUGGCAGUUCAGCAACCCCAAACAGUUCCCCACGGUCUGUCAGCUCACUGUCCCAACUGAGAAAUGGAGUUCAGACUUCAAAGAGUGGAGGAACUCACAUUCUCAAACCUCUCAUGUCACCGCCUACUCGCGAAGAAAUUUUGGCUACUCUGUUGGAUCUGGACCUCUCAGAAGCCACCUACCAGGAACCGUUCUGCAGUGACCCAUCAGAUGCUCCUUUAAAGCCAAGGGAGGUUGGCAGACGCAAAUUGACUUUGGAAACCAGGCUAGCAAACGAACUGGCUGAAUUUCAUGGCGACAUAUCUCAGCAGGGCUUGCAGUUUUGGAAGGUUGCAUUUUCUGCCAUGACAAAUGCUGGGUCUGCCCCAACCCAUGAUUCUAGGGCUUCGCUAUCUACCAAGAACCAAAAGCCAUCUUCUGGUGGUGAUCAGAAGGUGAUCAUGCUUCCCUGCAAGAGUGCUCCAAGCCGGGAACGGGUGCAACUCUGGCUGCAGGCCAAAAAACAAUAUGAGUGCCUUCUGAGGGAUAGAAAACUAGUGGGUGACCCAAAAUGUGUAGAGCUAAAGCACAGCACAUGUGACAGGACCUCCCCUCAGAAGAAACACUUGGAAACACCUGACUCAAAAUAUUGUAAUAAAGGGCCUGAAAAGGUUUCAGAGUUGCAGAGUGACAAAAGGAAUGGAUUGAGUUUACCACUUUGUAUCUCACCAGUUAAAGCAGCUUCAUUUAACUGUAGCCCUAAAAGUAUGAUGCAUUUCUUAGACACUAAGGCCAAAGAUCAGGAGGUGGAUGUAAGGGGUCAGGUCAGGUCUUCUUGCUCACCUGAGCUUCCUACAUGGCAGGAAAGCCCUGCUGGCUUAAAAGAAGAUGAAGACAAGAAGGAUUUGUGUGAUAGAUUGCCUGCCCCCAACAUGGAUGAGUCUCAUAUCUAUUGCACAUCACCUGAAAAUGUACAGCCAAGGGACUUCUUGAGUCCAUCCCCUUUUCAUAUUCAAGAUCGAGUUUCUGAUGAUAAAACCUUGUACAUGCUCCACAGCACACCAGUUCUCAGGAGAAGGCGAAGCAUUGAUGAUGAUGGGUCUAACUGCAGUCCAACAGUGAAUGAUGAAAUGGAGGCCAGAUCACAGUGGCUACAUCAGAGGAGUAAUAAAAACAAAGAUGCUUUACGAAGAGUUCUGCUAACCACACAAAUGAAGAAUCAGUUUACUGCUAUGAAUGUUCCAAAGAAAGAGAGUUCUCAGAUUGAAGGUCCAUCAAUCUGCAAUUCGUAUGGUUUUAAAGUCAGCAUGCAGAACUUGCAAGAGGCAAAAGCAUUGCAUGAGUUACAGCACCUCACACUGAUGACCAUGGAGCUUCACGCGAGGACUCGACGUGACCUUGAGCCUGACCCUGAGUUUGACCCAAUUUGUGCCUUAUUCUACUGCCUCAGUUCUGAUUCGCCUCUUCCCAGUGCCAUCACCACACAGAUGACCGGCUCCAUUGUCAUUGACAAAGAUUAUUGUUCUUCAGGACAAGCCUCAAGGAGCAAAGCACCCUUGCUGUUUAGAUCUGGUGUAACAGGAUUACAAGUCACGUACGCUCGUGAUGAGAAACAGCUGUUUGAGGAGAUUUCUAACAUAAUGAGAAAGUAUGAUCCAGACAUCCUGGUGGGCUAUGAGGUCCAGAUGCACUCUUGGGGAUACCUUCUGCAACGUGCAGCAGCACUAGGGGUGGACCUGUGCCAGCGGCUUUCCCGUGUGCCAGGCGAUGCAAAAGAGAAUCGUUUCUUGGCAGAGAAAGAUGAAUAUGGGGCAGACACCAUGAGUGAACUCCAUAUAGUUGGUCGCAUUGUCCUCAACCUGUGGAGGGUUAUGAAGACUGAGGCUGCAUUAAAUAACUACUCGUUUGAGAAUGUGGCUUUUCACCUCCUCCACCAGCGCUUUCCUCUCUAUAGUCAUCGCACGCUCUCUGACUGGUUUGACCACAGUACAGACGUGCACAGGUGGAAGGUGGUGGAUCACUACGUAAGCCGUGUGUGUGGGAUGAUCCAGUUGCUGCAGCAGCAGGAUAUUAUUGGAAGGACAAGCGAGCUUGCACGUGUGUUCGGGAUCCAGUUCUAUCAUGUGCUUACCAGGGGCUCACAGUACCGUGUGGAGUCAAUGAUGUUGAGGAUUGCAAAGCCGAUGAAUUACGUCCCAGUGACUCCAAGCACACAACAGCGUGCCCAGCAGAGAGCAGCACAAUGCAUCCCGCUAGUCAUGGAGCCAGAGUCGCGUUUCUAUAGCAACUCUGUCGUUGUGUUAGAUUUCCAAUCGCUGUAUCCCUCCAUCGUCAUUGCCUACAAUUACUGUUUCUCAACCUGCCUUGGACACAUAGAGAAUCUUGGAACGUGUGAUGAGUUUAAGUUUGGUUGUACGUCUCUCAGAGUGCCUCCUGACCUCCUUUACCAGCUCAGAAAUGACAUCACGAUUUCUCCCAAUGGCAUUGCAUUUGUUAAGCCGUCAGUACGAAAGGGUGUGCUACCAAGUAUGCUGGAGGAGAUUUUGAAGACCAGGAUUAUGGUAAAGCAGUCCAUGAAGGGGUGCAAGAAUGACAAAGCUCUGUUCCGUCUCCUGAACGCCAGGCAGCUUGGCCUUAAACUUAUUGCUAAUGUCACGUUUGGUUACACCUCUGCCAACUUCUCAGGACGAAUGCCCAGUGUUGAGGUUGGUGACAGCAUUGUGCACAAGGCUCGGGAGACUUUGGAAAGAGCCAUUAAGAUGGUGAACGACACCAAAAAGUGGGGAGCUCGUGUGGUUUAUGGAGACACAGACAGGUACUGGUACGCCUCUGUGCCAUACGUGUCAACAUUGGGGUACCAAAAUCCAGGAGAUCUGCGAUUGCGUUCCAGGGGGAUCCCGGGGCUGUUCGCCGAACGUGUUCUGAUCUCCGCCGGUCCAUUCGCAACCACGUUCCAGGGGGUCCUCCUCUGACUUUUCGCGACCGCGUUCCGGGACUGUCACAGGAGAAAUAACUGAAAUUCUUACAUCAUCUGAAGGCUGAAGAAAUAAGCUUUCUAUUGAUAUAUGGUUUGUUAGGAUAGGACACUAUCUGGAGGAACAACAACUAUUUACAAAGCUGGAAUCUGAGGGUGCAAAAAAAUCUAAAUAUUGAGAAAAUCGCCUUUGAAGUUGUUAAUCUGAGGCACUGUAGCAGGCCAUCCACUGACAAAAAUAAAGUUUUUAUACAUAUACAGUAGGAAAUUUAUAAAAUAUCUUCAUGGAACAUGAUCUUUACUUAAUAUCCUAAUGAUUUUUGGCAAAAAGAAAAAUCGUUAAUUUUUACCCAUACCAUGUAUUUUUGCCGAUUACUAAAAAUGUUCCCGUGCUACUUAAGACUGGUUUUGUUGUCCAGGGUCACAUAUAGCUAUCACAAAAGCCGUCAAGUACCUUGACCUUGGUUGCAAAUGAAUCAUGUAUAUACAUUGUAUGUAAUGGCAUAUUUCAAAUCCAAUGUUUUUUUUUUUCAAUUUAGUUUUAUUUACAAAUAUAAGCUUUUUUCACAAUUUUCAUUGUUACAAAGCAGCUUUACACAAUUAAUAAAAGGAAAUAAUAAUAAUACUGUAGAUAAAAGAAAUACAUUAUAUAUCAUUAAAAUACAUGGUGUUAUUGCAAGUUAUUCUCUAUUCAAUGUAUAUUGAUGAAACUAAACUGAAAUAUGGGACUCACUACAGGGUGGAAAUCCAUUUUCAGAUUUUAACUGAAGAUUAUGUGGGCACAUCAUUUUAAAAAGACAAUGACCCGCAUUUAUAAGCUAUUUACAAUAAACUGCAAUAUUUCAUGGAAAAAUAGGCAUUGUAAAAAAAUUUUUCACUGGGACUUUAACAACGGCUGUGAAAGCUGUUCUGUGUAAUACACUGAUAUUGUGUGUGUGUGCACAUACCUCUAAAACACUUCUAUGAAACGUCCUUUGAAGCCAUUUUGCAAAUGUCUCCUGGUCAAUCUGCUUGUUUUAUUAUCCGACUUUGGUCCAGUAUGAAAAGGCAAAACUAACGCUCCUGUUAUUAGUGUUAAUAUAACUGGUCUGACGCCAAUCGGUCCGGUGUCAUAUACAGACAUGCUCAAAUUUGUUGGUACCCUUACAGCUCAUUGAAAUAAUGCUUCAUUCCUCCUGAAGAGUGAUGAAAUUAAAAGCUAUUGUAUCAUGCAUACUUGCAUGCCUUUGGUAUGUCAUAGAAUAAAGCAAAGAAGCUGUGGAAAGAGGCAAAGAACAACCCCUUUAAACUGAUUGGGAACUAUUUAGAGUUUUGUGACCGCGAUGUGCGCGAUGGAUUGUAAUAUGACAACAGUUCGCAAAGGUACUGACUCUGACACCGUGUCUACACCGGACGCAACAAAAGACAAUAAAACGCAUUUACUUAUGUCCACACUGGAUGCGGUGCGACGCGCCAAUCCUAUUAUGCUGGGUUCACACCAAACGCGAACAAAGCGACUUGCACGAGUAAAUUACAUACAAAGUCAAUGCAAAGACGUGAAUAGACGCAAACUCGCAGCAAGCGAUGUGAAUGACGCGAAUCGGGCGGAUGCGCAAGUUGGAAAUUUUCGACUCGAGCGAGAAAUUCGCGCGAAGAGCUCAUUGACACAUACUGUUUGACAGGUCCGGAUGCGUGAAGACACUCCCCGUCGCGUGAUGUUUUUCACGUCACUCAUAUUUACGAUUUAUUAAUGUGUUUAAGAUUAAAUUAUUUAUGUAAGAUUUAAAAAUAAAAAAACAGAAGUGCCUCUGGACCAGCGUUUACAUUUUGCAAUGUGUCUAUAUAAAUGUUCUGUUACAAUUUAACUACAAACACUUCUGGAAUUGGUCGUAUUCACAUUGUUUGAAAGAGUUGACAUUAUGGUGUAAACGUGACCUCUGCAUCAAAUAGCUUUUUAUUGGCUGUGUUGUAUCACAUCACAUAGACAUUUCACAUUCAGAAACUUUACAGACGAAUUGCUUGACAAUGGGAAUCUGUUUUGAUUGAGCAUUACAUCUCUUUUGAUUAAUCCUGGUACUCUUUUUCUUUGUGCCUCUUUU